AUGCAGGUCAUCUCCGAUGAUGGCUCCAUCAUGCCUUCUACCCAGCUAGAUGCUGUAGCUGCUCGAGGACGAGUGGAGCAGCUACCUGGGCAUACGGAGGAAUUGGAGCAGAGGCUAUAUGCUGAGAAAGAUCAUACAAUACAACAGUUGAAGAUGCAGUUAGCACAUGAACUUGAGGAAGCGAGUACUUCCAGGCGGGAAUUAGCUGAGACGAGAGAGACAUUGGGUCGAGAACGGGCUGAAAUGGAAUACAAGGUUCAACAGUUGGAAGAACAGGUGGUUCAUGCAGUCGAGGAAGUGAAUUCAGUCAAGAAGGAGUUUAGCGAGGCAAGAAAAGCAUGGACUCAGGAACAAGAAUCUAGUGCUUUCGCUCUUGCUGAUCUGAAAAUUGAAGCUCAGCAACGCUGUCAUGAACGUGACAAUGCAUGGGAGCGUAUCGCGGCUCUAGAGAAGAAAAUGGAAAGUGAUGAAAUCAAAGCCCGCGAUAGGGAAAGUGAAUUACAGCGGACCAUCGCUGCUAACCAGGACACCUUCAAAGUGAAGUUGGAGACGAUACAGGCGGAGCUUGAGAGAGUCAACCGAUUGCGGGUAUCAUCCGAUUCAUGA